UUCGCGGCGGCGGCGGCGGCGGCACUGGCACUCAGUCCUCCGAAGCUGCCCGGCCCGGCCCCCCCGCCCCCAGCCCCUCAGCUCUCGGUAGACCCUCCCCUCCCCUCCCGAUCCUCCCCGCCCGAAACUUCUCCAUCCCCGGAUGGAACACUUUGUUCCCUCCUGAGCCGCUCCCUCCGCCCUCAGCAGCCCCGCACCCCAUGGAUGCAGAGCCUGGCGUGGCAUGGACAGGGAGACGCGCGUGUUCGCCGAGAGCCAUUUCCGAGGCCUCCGGGGGCGUCUCCCCAGCAAGGUCUGCCCGACCCCGGACCGCGUGGACUUUAUCGAGAAGCCCGACUCCUUUUCCUACACGGACUUCUUCAAGAGUUACCUGCUCCCCAACGUGCCCUGUGUUUUCUCCAGCGCCUUCACCGAGGACUGGGGCAGCAGGAAGCACUGGGUGACACCCAGUGGGAAGCCCGACUUCGAUUACCUGCUUCAGAAUUAUGGAGAUGUAGUUGUACCUGUGGCAAACUGCGGGGUCCAGGAAUACAACUCGAACCCUAAAGAACACAUGCCCCUCAAAGAUUACAUCAGCUACUGGAAAGAGUUCAUCCAGAGAGACUACUCCUCUCCUCGGGGCUGUCUCUACCUCAAAGACUGGCACCUGUGCAGGUACUCCUCUGCCGAGGGCUUAUUCACCUUGCCCGUGUACUUCUCGUCCGACUGGCUCAACGAGUACUGGGACACCCUGGACGUGGACGACUACCGUUUCAUCUACAUGGGGCCCGCUGGCACCUGGUCGCCGUUCCAUGCCGACAUUUUCCGCUCCUUCAGCUGGUCUGUCAACAUCUGCGGGAGGAAAAAGUGGUUCUUCUUCCCACCAGGGCAAGAAGAAGCCCUGCGGGAUUGCCACGGUGGCCUACCCUACGAUGUGACCGCCCCUGAAUUCCUGGAUAGCCACCUGCAUCCUGUGCUAGAGGUCACGCAGGAGGCAGGCGAGAUGGUGUUUGUGCCCAGCGGGUGGCACCACCAAGUCCACAAUCUGGAGGACACUAUCUCCAUCAACCAUAACUGGGUCAAUGGCUGUAACCUGGCCAACAUGUGGCAUUUCCUGCAGCAGGAGCUGUGUGCCGUGCAGCAAGAAGUCAGCGAGUGGAGGGACACCAUGCCAGACUGGCACCACCACUGCCAGGUCAUCAUGAAGUCCUGCUCUGGAAUUAAUUUUGAAGAAUUUUACCAGUUCCUCAAGGUCAUUGCUGAAAGGAGGCUCCUCCUAGUGAAGAAGAUAGGCCCUGGUGAACUGCAGUGCAGUGAGGACUUUGGGCUGGGCCUCCAGCACACCAUUUUCGACAUCAGCCGGAUUGCUGAGGUGCUGGCAUCUGUGGUGGUCAACCCCGACUUCCAGAGAGUGGACACCAGCAGGUUUUUGCCGCAACCAGAGGACCUCCUACAGCAGCUGCAGGAGGCCCUGGCCACCACAGAGCCUCUUUAGUGUGUGCCAUGAGCGUUAGUUGGCAGCCUGACAAGGACCCUCAAGGCCCUGCGCCAGGGUCCCUUUCAGAAAUAAAGCUCCAUCCUCUGUGGGCUGGGACAUGUAGCCUCCCAGAUAUGGUUCCUGCUCUUAAGGGUCUGGUACUGUCCUGGCAUCCCAGACUUCAGUGCCUGUCCAGAGGGUCCAGGUUCCUUGUCCUUGGAAAGCCCAGCAGGACUGAGGACUCAGAUCUGGUGAGGGGGUGGGUGAAGAGUUGGUAGCUUGGACCUGUGGCAAGGCUGUGGGUAUGCUGGGGACUCAGGAGUGUGAGCAGCAUGUGGCUGAUUUUUCUUGGUGUCCCUAGCCUGCCCUUCGCAGAGACCAGCACCAAGCUGAUGGGCUUCCCAUCCACAGCAGCACAGGGUAACGAAUUGUCUUGCAUGCCCACUCUACAGUAGCAUCACACCCCCCAGAGUCCACGCCAAUUCCUCUGGAGCAAGCCCCCUGGAGUUGGGUAGAGACGGGCCCAAGGCACCUCCAUGCUGCAGGACCUAUGUCUAUCCCACAUUCGAAGCACUGUUCAAAUAGCUCCCUCCUUUUCUCCACUGGCCCCUCGCCCCCUUGGCAAGGUCCUGAGCCAGAGAUGUCAUAUUGGUCUGUGCUCUAGGCCAACCCUUCAGGUAUCACCGGCACUGUAUUCAGGGGACACUCAGCCCUACUGACAGUAAGUGGCAAGUCAGAACACCUGUUGCCUCUCUUUUGCUUGCUGCAGCAACACCUUCCCCUUCAGAGACUUCAUUCAGGGACAGCCCUUUGCUCCCAACCAGCAGUAAGAGGAUCUACCUGUAGGCCAGAUGGAGCCCAGGCCUCUUCCACACCUUGCACAUCCAUUCUGCACCACCCACCUACUUGUUGCAAUCACCAUUCUGCACACUCAUUCUUUCCAUUUCCCAACACUUACACAUCUCUUCUGUGCCAAGCAAAUCAAUUAUUACACACUGUUCUACAUUUUAACCUCCGCAUGCUUAUUUGCACCAUCCAAUUGCUACCCCCUGCACACCUGUGUGCCACUGUGAUGGUAUGCAUGCUCUCCAGGGAAGCGGAACCAAGCUGUAUGAAAAGAGAUGGGGCUGGUGAGUGUGAAUCGGCAGAGAAGGCUGGAGCCCCAGAGAAGAGUUGACAUUAUAUUCUUGGAUCCAAAGGCUGGGCUCCGGCAAAGUUUCUGUGUUGUAGUCUGGAGGCAAAAUUGCUUCUUCAUAAACCUUGGUCCUUGCUCUUAAAGCCUCAACUGAUUAGACAGGGCCCACCCACAUUAUGGCAGGGUCAUUUGCUUUACUCAGUCUGCUGAGUUAAACAUGAAUCUCAUCUAAAAACCUUUGAGGGCGUAGCCACACUGGUGUUUGACCAAGUGGUGCUGUGGCCUUGCCACUUUGGCAUAUAAAUAUGACCAGUGUCAUCACCCUGCUUGUUCAUUUGGAUUCAGCAGUCACUGCUUACUCCAGCACCCACUUCUUAACACACCCACACUGACAUUCAGCAGUCUCCUUGCACAGUUACUACAGGCAAUCCAAUAACACCCCCUUGGUGUACUCGCCUGCACCCAUGCUCUUCCAUUUGACUCCCUCAGUACAAUUCCCUGAGUGUUUUGUUUGUUUUUAAUCCUCACCCGAGGAUAUUUUUCCAUUGAUUUUUAGAGAGAGAGAAAUAUUGAUGUGAGAGAAAUACAUUGAUUGGUUACCUCCCGCAUGAGCCCCGACCAGGGCCUGGGCUGGGGAGAAGCCUGCAACCAAGUUACGUCCUUUUGACCAGAUUCGAACCUGGGGCCCUUCGAUCUGCAGGCCGACGCUCUAUCCACUGAGCCAAACCAGCUAGGGCUCCUGGGUGUUUUUCAACCAUGGGUUUGCCACAGUGUGUGACUAAACUAUUCAUAUCGCUGUGUAAUUCUGCAACCACCCAUUGCACACUUGUUCUAUACCAACCUACUUCCACUGUUUGCAUGCCCUCUCUACUAUUUAAUAACUGCACACUCUGUGUAAUUCAAGAGUCACGGUCUCAUUCUCCAUUCAACCUCACACUUUGCACACCCAGUGUUUGCCAUUCACAGUCAACUUUUACCCACUCACCAUGUGCAGCUCAACAACCAAUCUGUGUGCAUGCAUCUCACUCCGUCCAACUUUUCCUCCAGCACACCCUCUGUGGCAUUUAACAGCUGCUUUUCUAAUGCUCACAACUCGCUUUUCACAGCCACCGUGUGCUGUUAAACAGUAUCUUGUUGCACACUCCCUGUGCAAGAGCCACUCUGAACACUUUCUGGUUACCAUCCGCUAUUCACCAUUCUGCUCUUUCCAGCUCCCAUACUGCACCACUGUGAACCAGUGCUUGCACAUUCACUGCAAGUCAACAACUACUGAUGCAUGUCAAUUCAGUCUUUCCUUGAACAUUAGUCCUACACUAUCCGAGUUCCACUAAGCCAUCAAUAAUCACCUCACAAUCACUGGUUGAACAGUCACUUGCACCAUUUUGCUCUCUACUAUAUCUACUUGCACAGUCACUGGGCCCUGCACAGGGGAUAAUUGUAGCCAUCAUGGGGGAAGGGAUAACUCAACUGCCCCACAUUUCACCCUGCUCCUGCCUUUACAUGCUGUAUAUUCUGGAGCUCUUAAAAUAAGUGAUAGACUGGAGGUUGUGUUUGUCCCAGAAGCUCCCUGCUGAGUCUGCUGUUAGCCCUUAAGCCCUGAUCCUGGGGAAAGCCCCAGAGAGUGCUCAUGUGAGCUUAAGAUAGGUGUCUUUCCCUAGGGUUGGAAGCACUGCAGUAUUCAAUUGGUAAUGAUGUGUCCUGCUGCUUGUGACAUCAGUCCUGCUUGCACUCCCCACUGCCCACCAGGCUACAUCUAUCAGCUCACCCCACUGCAAAGGUUACACCCCCAUGACAAAAUGGAAGCACAUUCCUCAGGGCGAGCAGGAAGGGAGUGAACACUGUACCUGAAUUGAGGGGGUGGGCGGCUAGAGGUUCUCUCCCAGGACGAUUCAAAUCUAGGUGAAAGGCCAACUGCAGGGCCCUUGGGACAGGAUGGAGUCCUGCCUGCCCUCGUUUUCUUGGCUAAUCUUCCUCUGGCCUUUUCCUUUCUACAUUGUAUGUUUUAAUCUAUUUUACAAUUUUUCCCAUUUAGUGCUGAUGAAUUCCAGUUUGACCUUAAAAACUAGAGUUCCCCAGUUGGCAGUCAAAAGAUACCUCAGCAAGGGAAGCAGAAAGUGUCCCUUUUUCCUCAAAGUGUAGAAAGGCAGCCACUGUCCUGGGGCAGGAAGUGGCCCUGACAAGUGCUAUUUUUAAAGACGCCCAAUUUCAGGGGCUGUAGCUCUGCCUGUGUAAGUACCUUCAACCUCUAAUCCCAGGAAUUCUGAGGGGCUGUCUCUGCUCCUUGCCCAGGUUCACAACACUGGAAUGAACCUGUCCUCUGAGGAAGUGAGACUUGGGCAUGUGCCUCAGGUCCAGGGAGGGAGCUGGCCCUUCUCCCACCUAAAAUAAAUGAAUGGUUCUGCAAAACUUACAA